AUGGGCAAGAACAGAAAGUCAAAACGCCAAUUGGUGCGUGACGAGAAGCGCGCCAAGAAGAGAGAAAGAGAAAUCGAACACGAAGAAGAAAGAGACAUCAAGAAGCAACGCCGCGAAGAGGCCCAGCAGGAGGCCCUCGCUCCCGCUGCCGCCGACUACGUUCCCCCUCCUCUGGACGGUACCUACGACGAGAAUGCUUUUUCCAGCGCCCCUGAGGGCCGUCGCGGCCCCAACACCAACUUCGAGCGCGAGUUCUUCGGCAUGCUCGCCGAAGAGGAGCAAGAAUACUUCCGCCACGCCGACGAAUUGCUCGAGCUGAACGACUUCCCCUCCGCCGAGGAGCGCGACAUCUUUUUGCAGAACGUUUACAAGGAGAUGCGCGGCAAGGAGCUCAAGCUGGCCAGCAGUCAAUCUUGCUCGCGGCUUAUGGAACGCCUCAUCCUGCUGUCCAACACCCGCCAAAAGAAGAGCCUGUUUGACGCGUUUGGUGGCCAUUUCAUCUCGCUCGUCACCCAUCGUUUUGCCAGUCAUUGUUGCGAAAAGCUAUUUUUGCAGUCAGCGCCCGUCGUUACCCAGGAGCUGAGCGGCGAGUACGAGCAGGAGCCCCUCCCGGAGGGCGAGGAGGAGACGGAGGCAAUGAAGUCGUCAAUGGAAGAUCUCUUCCUGCUGACGCUGGACGAGUUGGAAGAACAUUUGGGAUUUUUGCUCAGCGAUAGGUACGGCUCGCACGCCAUGCGCGCGCUGCUGGUUAUCCUGUCCGGAAGGCCACUGGAUCAGGCCGGCACAAAGAGUCUGUUGCAGAGCAGGAAGAAGGAGUACAUCACGGUGGAGGGUGCAGCGGCAAAUGCGAGCGAAUUGAGCUCCCAGAUCAGAGCGGUUCCGUCGUCCUUUACGAUGGCGAUCAAGAAGAUCAUUGACGAUUCCACAGCGACAAUGGAUGCCACGGCAUUGAGGGUGCUGGCGAAGCAUCCUACUGGUAACCCGACACUGCAGCUCUUAUUGGAGCUGGAGUUGACCAUGUUUGGAAAGAACAAGGAGAAGAAAGAUAAGAAGCAGAAGAAGGACGAUGACGAGGCGGAGACAAAGAAGGAGGAGACACAGUCCGAAAUCUCGCUGUUGGGCAUGCUUGUGCCCGACGCGCCCGCCGCGUUUGCCGAUAACACCACCCAAGCCGCCGAGUUCGUCAACUCUAUGAUCUACGACCCGAUUGGUUCGCGACUUCUCGAAACACUCAUCACCCACUGCCCCGGUAAGAUUUUCAAAGGUCUCCAGCAACACAUCUUUGGCCCUCGUAUCCAGAGUCUGCUUCGCAACGAUAUCGCCUGCUAUCCCGCCAUCAGGGUUCUCAACCGCCUGAGCAGAGAAGAUCUCGCCGACGCCGUCGAGAAGUCCUUGCCUGAGAUGGCGAGCUUCGUAGACAAGGGACGUUUCAACGUUAUCAAAACGCUUUUCGAGCGCUGCAACGUCCGUAACGGCACUGAUGAGAUCAACUCCCUUCUUAAGGCUCUUACAUCUGCUUACGGUAACGAUUGGAAGAACAUCGUGCCCAAGCUCUGCAUGCUCGACGAGGAGGUCAGCGAGGAGGAGCAAAAGCCAGAGUCGACCGAGGAAGUAGGAGAGGAAGAAGCAGAGGAAAAGAAGAAGCAGCAGCAACCCAAGUUCCAAACCCAAGAAGCCAAGAACAAGGCUUUUAUGCUCAACCACGGCUCGCAACUCGUCGCCGCCCUGUUAACCAUUCCCGGCCAGCCCUCAAAGGCCAUCCAAUCGUCACUUGCUGCCCUUAAGCCGGCACAGGUUAUGAAGAUGGCCACCACCUCGCAUAACACCUCUUCGAUCCUUAUCAAGGCUCUUCAGACACCCGCCAUAACCCCAACCUUCCACAAGGUCCUCGUGUCGUCCCUUCUUCCGCACGUAUACGAGCUCGCCACAUCGCAGCACGGUUCUGCCAUCCUCAACGCAAUCAUCACUCUGCCAUCCAAGCCGGCCGAGCCUAACGCGCCUGCGGUCCCCUUCCACAUGAAGGAGAACAUCAUUUCGCAACUCGCACAAUACGAACGUGAUCUCAGGGAGACGUGGCUGGGGCGCAACGUUUGGCGGACGUGGAAGGGUGAUCUGUGGAGCCACAGACGCCAUGACUGGGUCAGAUGGGCGAAGGAGACGGACCCCGAGACGGCGAGAGUAGCGGCGGCACCCAAGAAGAGGGAAGAAAAGGAAAAGGAGGAGGCCGAGAAGAAACCUAAGGGAUAUCUGGGAAAGAAUUUUGAUCCGAAAAAGGCCAAGGGGCUUGCAGGGAAUAAGAAGUUCGAGAAGAAGGAGGUGUCGGCAUAAAGGUGGAGUAAACGAAUGGAGGCUGCUUGGUAAGAGGACUCUUGUUUUGUUGACAAAGAAGGUGCUAAGAGUCGAUUGAUAUGAUACCCUAUGGGAUGAUUAGAGAAUGGUUUGAAAAAGAUUGUCGUACGAAAUUCGUCUACAUCGCCUUUCCCAUACCCUUCUUCGCAGAGAUGGAGAGCGACGUUGGCUAACGAGAGUUUAUUCACAUAUGUCAGAUAGCGAUCAGGUUUAAGAUAAGAUCUAUAUAUCCAAAGAUCAAAAGCAGGUCUAUAUGCAUCGGGUAUCCUACAGCGCCAGGCCAAAGAUAGCUAUCUAACUACCUACUACGGUCCUGGAGUCCCGCUCCAACGGCCGUCGGAUCAUGCGAUCCCUCAAAGUUGUCACAAAGACACAACAGCUCAUGACCCCUGAAAUAAUCAUCCCCAUAAUAAAUACAGAGCUCGUCCCCGGACUUCAACGUCUUGUUCGCAAAGAACGCAAUCACCCUAACCUUGCCAAUCUGCAUAAUCGACUCGCUCACAUUGGGAUCGCAGCUCGAAUUCAUGAACCUUGUCCAAUUCCCCAUCUUGCCCGCAUCAAUGAUGGGCCGGUCAGUGUCCCACUCCAGCCCAACCUGCGGCUCAUAAAGGUACUUGUUGUUGGCGUUAUACCCCUUCGUCGGCCCAGGAAUGAUCUCGCCGACGUAAUGACCCAAGUACGCCCCCUUGGGGAUCUCGUAGCGACCGUUCGUCUUGACGAACACGCCGUACCCCUUUUCGGCGGUGCCCGUGUGUCGGAUCUCGAGCCACUUCUUGAAAAAGGUCUUCAUGCCGUUUUGGCUACCGCCACCGCUGUGAAGCUCGUCAUAACACUGCACACUGCACUCCGGGUCAUCCGGGUUCCGCCCGCACUCGAAGCAGGUAUAGCAGUACUUCACCUCCGGAG